UCGCGAGAUUUCCUGCGGCCAUAUAUACGUGUGGCGAGCCCGCGUCCUUUCCCUGGCGUGAUUCCGUCCUGCGUGUUUGUUCUGAGCAGCGGUAGGCAGUUUCCUCCGUCCGACCUCUCUCACACCGAAGUGCGCGCCUCCGCCUCAUGGAAGACUCGAUGGACAUGGACAUGAGCCCUCUCAGGCCUCAGAACUACCUUUUCGGUUGUGAACUAAAAGCUGACAAGGAUUAUCACUUUAAGGUGGAUAAUGAUGAGAAUGAGCACCAGUUAUCACUAAGAACGGUUAGUUUAGGGGCAGGGGCAAAAGACGAGUUACACAUCGUAGAGGCAGAAGCAAUGAACUAUGAAGGCAGUCCAAUUAAAGUAACACUGGCAACUUUGAAAAUGUCUGUACAACCAACAGUUUCUCUUGGGGGCUUUGAAAUUACACCACCUGUGGUCUUAAGGUUGAAGUGUGGUUCAGGGCCUGUGCAUAUUAGUGGACAGCACCUAGUAGCUGUAGAGGAAGAUGCAGAGUCAGAAGAUGAAGAUGAGGAGGAUGUGAAACUCUUAAGUAUGUCUGGAAAACGAUCUGCUCCUGGAGGUGGUAACAAGGUUCCCCAGAAAAAAGUAAAACUUGACGAGGAUGAUGAGGAUGACGACGAAGAUGAUGAGGAUGAUGAAGAUGAUGAUGAUGAUGAUUUUGAUGAUGAGGAAGCUGAAGAAAAAGUUCCAGUGAAGAAAUCUGUACGAGAUACCCCAGCCAAAAAUGCACAAAAAUCAAACCAAAACGGGAAAGACUUAAAACCAUCAACACCAAGAUCAAAGGGUCAAGAGUCUUUCAAAAAACAGGAAAAAACUCCUAAAACACCAAAAGGACCUAGUUCUGUAGAAGACAUUAAGGCAAAAAUGCAAGCAAGUAUAGAAAAGGGUGGUUCUCUUCCCAAAGUGGAAGCCAAGUUCAUUAAUUAUGUGAAGAAUUGCUUCCGGAUGACUGACCAGGAGGCUAUUCAAGCUCUGGCAGUGGAGGAAGUCUCUUUAAGAAAAUGGUUUAAACAGUUUGAAAUAAUUCCGUCUUACUUAAUUUCUGUAACAGUUGAUAUAUCUGGCUGUCCUUUUUAUAAUGCAAAGUGAGAACUUUCCCUACUGUGUUUGAUAAAUGUUGUCCGGGUUCCAUUGCCAAGAAUGUGUUGUCUAAAAUGCCUGUUUAGUUUUCAAGGAUGGAACUCCACCCUUUACUUGGUUUUAAGUAUGUAUGGAAUGUUAUGAUAGGACAUAGUAAUAGUGGUGGUCAGAUGUGGAAAUGGUAGGGAGACGAAUAUACAUGUGAAAUAAACUCAGUAUUUUAAUAAAGUA